CCGAGUGGCCAGAGCAAGUGGCCAGAGCAGGGCUGAGCAGAUCAAGGGCUGGGCUGAGCAGAAGCAGUGCACCCCUCGACGGCCGCCGCCAUGGGCAUACACCUGAAGGUGAAGAUGCUGGACGGCCGUGAGUUCCUGGUGCCCUUCAAGGGGUCCAUGACGGUGCAGGAGCUGAAGCAGCAGUUGGCACAGAGGACCGGCGUGCCCGCCUUCCAGCAGCGCCUGCUCCACCCCAAAAGCACCGUGCUGGAGGACGGGAAGACCCUCGCCCACCAGGGCCUGGGCCCCGACAGCACCAUCGGGCUGGUGGUGCAGCCAUGCGACACCCCGCUGAGCAUCCUGGUGAGCAACUCGGGCCGCAGCCGCGCCUACGAGGUCCUGCUGACCCAGACGGUGGCCGAGCUCAAGGAGAAGGUGUGCCGCCAGGAGGGCAUGCAGCCCAACCAGAUCUGGCUGAGUUUCCAGGAGACACGCAUGGAGGACCACCAGCAGCUGGGGGAGCUCGGCCUCACGCCCAAUUGCACCGUGGUCCUGCACCUGCACCUGCGGGGCGGGGCCCCCACGCCCCCCUGACUCCCGGACCGGCCCGCGUAAUAAAGCAAAGGCGGAGAG